GACCCGGAAUGUGAUGACGCUGAUACGACUCUAAACCAAAUGUUGCGUUUUUUGAAGGGUGGGUGCGGUAGAAAGCACUUAGCUAUACAGUUGACAAUAUCUUCUAACAUAAUGGAUGGAAAGUCACACAGCGAUCCUAAGUCUAUUCAUUCCGACAGCGUGGAAGAUGUUCAUAACGUGCCAAUGGAAGUUAUCAUACGACCAAUCCCUCCUGUGCUAGAUGAGUGCAAAGUGCAGAGUCUUAUGGGUACUAUAAAGGAAUCUACAGACAUUAGCACUGUUCCUCCAAUUGAUAUACUCUGGAUCAAGGGCAAGGAAGGAGGGAAUUACUACUACUCUUUUGGAGGCUGCCACAGAUUUGAGGCAUACAAACGGUUGAAAAUGAACACAAUUCCAGCAAAGAUCUUCAAAUCAAAUGUUGCAGAUCUGCGCACUUACUUGGGGGCCUCAACUCCAGACCUACUUUAAAUUUAAAUUGAGGGCCAGGACCCUCCACUUAAACCAAUGUUUUUAAUCAGCCGUAUAUUAUGUAUAUUAUUACAGUGCAAGUACUGACCAGCGGGUGGAGAUGUGACUGUGUUUUGUAUCAUGUGUAUCAUAUAUAAUGCAUUUCCCUGUGAUAUAUCACCAGUGAUGCUAAAAGCAGUGGUGUCAUUAGACCAAGGGUAUACUCGGGUAUUUUGAUCCAAUUCCCCCAAAAUAUAUAUAUUUUUUGGUGCUAAUGAGUUUGCAUAAUCGUGUGCAUAACUAUUGAAAGAAUUGAACACAUUCAGGUCUGUGAAUGUUGUCAGAAAUGUUAAUGACUGUAAUACCAAAUUGUAUGCCAGUUGUUUAGCUGUAUUACCAAGGUAAACAACGGUUUUUCCAGUUGUAUGUUAGUUUGUAAAUUGUCUGUUUUGGAGAAAUGUGUAAGUAAAAUACAAUUAAAUACAGUGUAAAAGUCCAAAACACAAGA